AAAUACGAAUACUUCGCUCGCUCGCUACCUACGCCUUUCAUAUUUGGACUUUUUUGUUUAUAUAUAAUUUCCUAAACCUACUCAUUUCCCCUCUGUAUCGAUCAUAAUAACCUUGACAUUUCCGAUAACGUCUCUGACCUAAGCGUGCGUUGUUGUGACUUGUGUUUGCUUUGAAACAAUGGCCACGAAGAAGAGUGUUGGAUCCCUGAAGGAGGCGGAUCUGAAGGGAAAGAGAAUUUUCGUUAGGGUGGAUCUCAACGUUCCGUUGGACGAAAACUUGAAAAUCACCGAUGACACCAGAGUCCGCGCCGCGGUCCCCACUAUCAAGUACCUCGUUCAACACGGUGCUCGUGUCAUCCUUUCUUCACAUCUCGGACGUCCAAAAGGAGUCACACCCAAGUACAGCUUGAAGCCCCUUGUACCUAGACUUUCUGAACUUCUUGGAAUUGAGGUCAAGAUGGCUAAUGAUUGCAUUGGUGAAGAAGUGGUGAAAAUGGUUGCUGAACUUCCAGAUGGUGGUGUUUUGCUGCUGGAGAAUGUGAGAUUCUAUAAAGAGGAAGAGAAGAAUGAUCCUGAAUUUGCAAAGAAGCUUGCAUCCCUAGCAGACUUGUAUGUUAAUGAUGCAUUUGGAACUGCCCAUAGAGCUCAUGCCUCCACUGAGGGAGUUGCUAAGUACUUGAAGCCUGCUGUAGCCGGGUUCCUUAUGCAGAAGGAGCUUGACUAUUUAGUUGGGGCUGUGUCAAACCCUAAGAAGCCAUUUGCUGCAAUUGUUGGUGGUUCAAAGGUGUCCACUAAAAUUGCUGUGAUCGAGUCACUGUUGGAAAAGGUUGACUUGCUAUUGCUUGGUGGAGGUAUGAUCUUUACUUUCUACAAGGCUCAAGGAUACCAGGUUGGAUCCUCGCUCCUGGAGGAGGACAAGCUCGGGUUAGCCACAUCCCUCAUUGAGAAGGCCAAGACUAAGGGAGUGUCAUUGUUGCUUCCUACUGAUGUGGUAGUUGCAGACAAGUUUGCCGCUGAUGCUAACAGCAAGGUGGUUAAAGCCUCAGAAAUUCCUGAUGGCUGGAUGGGUUUAGAUGUUGGACCAGACACAAUCAAGUCAUUCGGUGAGGCUUUGGAUACCACCAAAACCAUCAUUUGGAAUGGACCUAUGGGUGUGUUUGAGUUUGACAAGUUUGCUGCUGGAACAGAGGCCAUUGCAAAGAAAUUGGCAGAGCUUAGUGAAAAGGGAGUGACUACAAUCAUUGGAGGUGGUGACUCUGUUGCGGCUGUUGAGAAGGUUGGGCUUGCAGAGAAGAUGAGCCAUAUCUCAACUGGAGGUGGUGCUAGCCUGGAGCUUCUAGAGGGGAAAGUGCUUCCUGGAGUUCUUGCCCUGGACGAAGCUUGAGCUGGCUGCUCCCUCCUUUGUUCCUACGCUUUGUGUUUUGCUUACAUUUACAUUUGAGUUGUGUAGUGUCUGGGGUAAGACCAGAUCGGAUUAGGAGGGAUGGGUAGAGUUUCCUCAAAAAUAAAUAAAUUUAUUGCCCCUUGGGGCUUUGUUUUGCACUGAGAUGAAAAACCAGUUUAUGUAGCUUGUUGCAUUUUUUUUGCUUUAUACAGCUACAAAUCAAUCUCAAGUGAAUUUGCUUUCUUUCUACUA